CUCAUUUCGCGGUCUGCAACCCCAACAACACAAGCCAAUUCCGCCAUCCUUAAUGCCCUCCUGGCUGUCGCCGUCCAGGUUUCUUCCUGGUUAGACGAAAGAGUCGGCCAUCAUCGACUUCUUGUCGACUUUCCAGCCAAUUUUUGCCGACGCGAUAUCGACAUUAUUAGGCUUCAGGCUUCCCUCCCUUUCUCAUGCCUGUUGCCACGUCUUCUCCAGCCGUUUCGCACCCUUCCGGCCUUGCAAAAAUGGAAGACAGGAAGAGGCCAGCCAUCAGCGCGACUGAUGAAAUCGCUCCACCCAGCAAAAGGCAAGCAGUCAACGGAACCGUUAAAUCUCGGGAUGAUGGCGAGUCAAGGGACGAGGCCUGGAUUGAGGACUUUCAAAAAGAUGCAAUCUACCGACAGAUGCUCGAGUAUCGCCGACAAAAAGCCACCUUGGAGACUAGAUUAGAAGAUGUGACAAAACGUUCGACGCAUCACGAUGAUCACCUUCGAAUAAUAGAUCAAUGGUUCUUGCAAAUGCUCGAUGAAAUCGAGCUCCUUGCUCGCGGCUCUCUGUCAUCAGAUAUAGAUUGCAAGGGAGAUUCGAUAUUGUCGUCAACCGCCUUGCAAUUCAAAGAUUCAGAAGACUUCCAACAGCACCUGGGAGACAAGAAGAAAGUCAUCAGGUCGAAGCUUGAAACGCUUUUCGGAUUAAUAAAUGCAUCAAGAGACGUCAAGUCUGAUGUGUCCGAGUUGGAAUCGCAAGUUAACAAGCUACUAGCUGCGCAAAAGGACCUCGUCAUUAAGCUCGAUAGGUCCAAUGCAGAAAAGGAUGCACUAUCUGAACAGUUGGACACCGCCACCCUUCGAUACGUCAAAGCUGAGAAGAAGCUGGACCGAGCCAAAAGCGUGCAAGUUCAGAAGGUUGAGCAGCAAGCCCAAGCUAUUGCCUCAGCGAGGCCGCCAUCCACGGAACGUUCAACCGAGGAACCGAAAUCAAAUGGACAUUCCGAAGCUCUUCAGCUCAAGUACGACGAGGCAGCUGCUGUCCUUGCAACGCAAGAGAAGCAGAUCACCGCUCUCAAGUCUGACAUCAAGAGUUUGUUAGAAGAAAAUACCUCAUUGAAGGCUCGCAAAGAAACGGUCACCGACGAAGAGUACUCGAGGACGGAUCUUUUUAAGCAGUUCAAGCUGCAGAAUGAGGACUUGAUCAAGAGGGUUAACACUCUGGAGGCUGUGAACAAGCAACUGCGGGAAGAAGCUGAAAAGUUGCAAACCGAAAGGACGAGCUAUCGCGAAUUACUCAACCGGGAAGCUCAAGCAAUAACAUCCGAUCUGGAGGACCAGCUGCAGCAGAAGGACCAGGACCUUACUCGUAUAAGGGCCUCGAGAGACGAACUCAAUGCGCAAUUGGCUGUUCAAAAGUCCAAGAGUGAACAAGAAAUUGUGUCAUUGAAGCAUCUGGAGGAGCUGUCAGCAGCCAAGGACGACAGGAUAGCUGGGCUGGAACUAGAGGUGGAAAGGCUACGCCCGGACUCGGACACAGCAAUGGCCACAUCCCGCGAAGACCUUGAAUCCAUGGAUGCGGCUGACCUGAUCAGCCGGUACAUGAAACUGGAACGCGACUAUGAACUGAUCAAAAGCGAGGUGCCUUCUGUCGAGAAGGCAUACAAGAAGGCGGUGGCGGUUGCACAGAAGAAGCUGACAGAUCUGACGGCGCUUGAGACGAAACUGUCGAAUGCGAUCACGGACCGAAACAAGGCCGACCAGAAAUAUUUUGCUGUGAGACGAGACACAGAUGCCCGCAUCAACGAGAACAAGGCACUGCAGCAUCAAAACAAAACGAGUUCCACGAUAAUCACGCAACUGAAGGAGGUUGAGGCACAUACCAAGAUCCUUAUUGCCAAUAUGGAGAAGCAACUCGCCGAGCUGAAACAGUCCAACGUGACGAUCCUCGAAGAGAACCGCAAGCUCAAGGCCUCGAGCUCUGAUGCUUUACGGCAAUACGAGGCGCUUAAGAACCAGGCUGAAACAUUGAACAAGCUUGUGAAGAACAAGGACUCAGUAGCACUGUCUUUGAAGGACAAGGCAGCGUCGCACGAGACCGAGUUGGAAAGGGUCAAGACUCGACUGGAGCAUGCUCAGAAAGAGAGGGAUAACCUUAAAUCCAGGGGAUCUGGCGGUGCCUCAGCUGAGGAUGAUUUAAGGAAAUUUGCUCUUUGCAAUGUGUGCAACAGUGAGUUUAAGAACGCAGUGAUCAAGACAUGCGGGCACGUGUUCUGCAACGACUGCGUGCAAAGUAGGUUGGCGAACAGACGACGCAAGUGCCCUUCAUGCGGCAAAGCAUUCGACAAGAUGGACGUCAUGACCGUGCACAUGUAGUGACAGCUUUGGGCGGGGGGUGGCAUGGGUUGAGAGGUUAUCGGGUGCCUCAUGGUUGUCGGCAAGCCAUGAGCCGUUUAACGAGCUGGGCCGAGAAGCAGCAACACUUCUUUUUAUUUUGCGAUCAGCUUACCGCAAGGCAUACAAGCAUGUUUUGGAUCGAUGUACCUCUAGUUAUGUGUAUAAACAGGAAUACAGUCACGAGAGCUAAGAAAGCAGAUAAGGAUAGAUCAAGAGGAUGUAUGGUACCUCGGAAUCCUGCUGUAAUGCCUGUCUGAUAGUAAAAGAAAUAAUUAUAUCUAUCUGCUCAAUCAAUCCAAGUAGACGUAGAUUUAAGGAAGCUUAUCGCCUGCUUGUCCCACCAAAACCGGUGCUUUCGUACCGGGCUGAACUUGAACUGGACCCAGAACUGCGGGAUGACGAAGGGCCAGCACCACCUGCUCCGCCCCAAGAGCUACCGCCACCCCAAGUAUUUCUGCCGCCACCAAAGCUUCCAUAGCCUCGAUUGUUUUCCGUGUUGUUCCUUCCACGGUUUCCAGCCAUGUAACCCGCCGCAGCCCCUCCAGCCAGACCACUCCAAAAUCCAGGCUGCCAACCACCCCCGCUACCUGCAGGCUUGUUUCCGGGAUACGGGGGAGGGGGGUCGUUCCAUCCGCCGCCGCCAAAGAAACCCGGACCGGGACCGCCGCCGCCACCACCACCUCCACCCCAAAAGUUGUUACGUCCCGGACGCGGACCACGGAACUCGCCCGGUUGGGCAGUGAAUGCACUGUAGAGAAUCCAGCAAACGAUGGCGACGAAGAAGACCCAAAACAGCCAGGCCGGCAAAGUCCCGUCGCUUCCACCGCCGCCGCCUCCACCGAGGUCUGGGUAGCGGCGGAGACCCUCCUCGGUCAGGACGAGCCGGUACUCGACGCCGCAGGAGCCGCUGAGGACGUAUGGGUCGUCGGGGGAGCUGUAGCCCUCGCACAUGACCUCGGUGCUGCCGAGCUUCAGCUCGGGAGGGAGCGAGGCGCUGCACGACCACUGUAUGUCCUCGGAGCCGUAACCGGAGCCCUGGUUCACGCACCGCAUGGUGUCGACCUCGUGCAGCGCGCACACGGCCCGCGGCGACACGCACUUGAGCUGCGGCAUGGCCGCCACACGGCGGUGCGCGGUCUGGCGGCCCGCGCGGAGCGUGAGGGAUUGGACCUCGGAGAGUAAAAUGGCGUUCUUGGGCUUUGCGGCGACGGUUGGGGAUGGAAGCCCGCUCAGGGCCACGAGGAGGAUGGCGGGGUAGAGAAAAUCAAGCAACAUCACGAAGAGAGAAAGAAAACACCCCGAUCGGCCCGGUGCGUUUCGGCAAUGGUCGUGAAUGACUGCUAUUGAUAGACUUGAUCGUCCGUUCGUAUCUAUUUCGCGUGUGUGCCAGUUGUCCGGGCCCAGCCGUGCGGAUUGUUAAUUUGACGUGCAGCAACACACCGUCGUACUAGCGUAAUUAAACAACCCUCCAGAAACUAAAUGACGUCGUGUAGCGAAUCUUACCCAACUUCGAUUGGUCACAGCACGGAGACGACAAGAACAAAAAAACAAAAACAAAAACAAAAAAAAAA